GCGGAGGCGGCCGCGAUGGUGUCCAACCCGGUGCACCGCCUGCCCUUUCUCCCCGGCACGUCCUUUAAGGACUCCACGAAAACAGCAUUUCAUAGAAGCCAGACGCUGAGCUACAAGAAUGGCUAUGCAGUUGUUCGACGUCCAACAGUUGGGAUAGGCGGGGAGCGGCUUCAGGUCAACCAGCUGUCCCAAGCUGAGCUGGAUGAGUUGGCCAACAAGGCACCAAUUCUAACUUAUGGCCAGCCUAAGCAGGCCCCACCUGCAGAAUUUAUUCCUGCACAUGUAGCUUUUGACAAAAAGGUGCUGAAAUUUGAUGCCUAUUUCCAAGAAGAUGUUCCUAUGUCAACUGAGGAACAUUAUAGGAUUCGUCAAGUGAACAUUUAUUACUACCUGGAAGAUGACAGCAUGUCUGUCAUGGAGCCUGUUGUGGAAAACUCUGGGAUCCCUCAAGGCAAGUUAAUCAAACGCCAGCGGCUAACCAAGAAUGAUCAGGGAGACCAUUACCAUUGGAAAGACCUAAAUCGAGGAAUAAACCUUACAAUUUAUGGCAGAACUUUCCGCGUUGUUGACUGCGACCGAUUCACACAGGUAUUUUUGGAAAGUCAAGGAAUUGAAUUAAAUCCACCAGAGAAGAUGGCUCUUGAUCCUUACACUGAACUCCGGAAACAGCCUCUUCGUAAAUAUGUCACCCCAUCAGACUUUGACCAAUUGAAGCAGUUUCUUACCUUUGACAAACAAGUCCUUCGAUUCUAUGCAAUCUGGGAUGAUACAGACAGCAUGUUUGGUGAAUGUCGAACUUACAUCAUUCAUUACUAUCUUAUGGAUGAUACAGUUGAAAUUCGAGAAGUCCAUGAACGGAAUAAUGGGCGAGAUCCCUUCCCACUCCUGAUGAACCGCCAGCGCAUGCCAAAGGUUUUGGUGAAGAAUGCAAAGAACUUCCCUCAGUGUGUGCUGGAGAUCUCUGAUCAAGAAGUAUUGGAAUGGUAUACUGCCAAAGACUUCAUCGUGGGGAAAUCACUCACUAUCCUUGGGAGAACCUUCUUCAUCUAUGAUUGCGAUCCUUUUACUCGGCAGUACUACAAAGAAAAAUUUGGAAUCUCUGAUUUACCACGUAUUGAUGUGAGCGAGAAGGAGCCACCUCCUGUAAAACAGGAAUUACCUCCUUACAAUGGUUUUGGACUCAUUGAAGACUCUGUUCAGAAUUGCUUCGUUCUCAUUCCAAAGGCUCCAAAAAAAGAUGUUAUUAAAAUGCUGGUGAAUGAUAACAAGGUGCUUCGUUACUUGGCUGCACUGGAAUCUCCCAUCCCAGAAGACAAAGACCGCCGAUUUGUCUUCUCUUAUUUUCUUGCCAGUGACAUGAUUAGUAUCUUUGAACCUCCUGUUCGAAAUUCUGGCAUCAUCGGUGGCAAGUACCUUGGCAGAACUAAGGUUGCUAAACCAUCCUCGACAGCAGAAGAUCCCAUCUACUAUGGCCCAACUGACUUCUUCAUUGGCGCUGUGAUUGAGGUGUUUGGCCACCGGUUCAUCAUCCUUGAUACAGACGACUAUGUUCUGAAGUACAUGGAGAACAAUGCUGCCCAGUAUUCGCCAGAAGCACUCUUGUCUAUUCGGAACCGGAUUCAAAAGCAAGAAGCUCCUGCACCAGAAUUGGAAAAAGAAAAGCACCAAGAAAUCAAGAAUGUUGCUCAGCUUCCUGAUUAUCCAGAACUCUCUGGGCAAGGGACUGCCUGUCCUGAGAGUGGGUCUACCUUCACUGAGGCCAAGGAGAGACCCUGGAGCGUGGAACAAGAGCUAAGCAAGCAAACUAGAGAGGAUCCUCCAGGUGUGCAGGAAUUGGAAGCAUUAAUAGACACAAUCCAGAAGCAACUGAAAGAUCACCCAUGCAAAGACAACAUUCACGAAGCAUUUCAAAUUUAUGACCAGGAAGCUUCAGGAUUUGUCGACAAAGAAAGAUUCUUUAAAAUCUGUGACUCUCUCAACCUCCCGAUUGAUGAUUCCUUGAUUAAGGAGCUGAUCAGGCUGUGCUCUCACGGAGAAGACAAGAUUAACUACUAUGACUUCGUGCGUGCCUUCUCAAACUGACCUGGCUGACGAGAGCACGCAGGACGAGACUUUGAGGUUAGCCCUACGUUUUGAAACACCUUGUGCUUUUCAUAGAGGCGUUUACAGGGCUCUUAAAAUUCUGCUUUUUGGUUCUUAGAUUUCAAUCCUACCUAAGUCUAAAUUAAAAUUGGGUCUUUUAA